AGAAAGGAACAGGGCAAAAGACAACAGAGUCUCUUUUGUAAUGAGGAAGGAUUAUGGCAUCAAGUGACCGGCUGCAGCUCCCAAGUGGGUUUCAGGCUCCUUAGUACACCGCAUCUGUCAGGUUCAAUCCCCCCAUGAGCCAAGGGGGCAAGGAAAGGCAGGCUGUGGUGCUGGCCACAAAGGACCCAGCGAGGACACAUGCAGGACCAAACCUCCACCGUCUCCAGUGCAGCUCAGGAGCCCGUGACUGACCUGUGAUGACAGUGACAUACACUAACCGCGUGGCCGAUGCCCGCCUCGGCACCUUCUCACAGCUCCUGCUCCAAUGGAAAGGCAGCAUCUACAAACUCCUCUACUCUGAGUUCCUUAUUUUCAUCUCCCUCUACUUCGCCAUCAGCCUUGUCUACAGGCUGAUCCUCAGUGAAAGCCAAAGGCUGAUGUUUGAGAAGCUGGCACUCUACUGCAACAGCUAUGCUGAGCUAAUCCCUGUGUCCUUUGUGCUGGGUUUCUACGUGUCCCUGGUGGUGUCCCGCUGGUGGGCGCAGUACGAGAGCAUCCCAUGGCCUGACCGCAUCAUGAACUUGGUCUCCUGCAACGUGGACGGGGAGGAUGAGUACGGGCGGCUGCUGCGCCGCACCCUGAUGCGCUACAGCAACCUGUGCAGCGUGCUGAUCUUGCGCUCCGUCAGCACCGCUGUCUACAAGCGCUUCCCCAGCAUGGAGCACGUCGUGAGGGCAGGCCUCAUGACACCUGAAGAGCACAAGAAGUUUGAGAGCUUGAAUUCCCCCCACAACAAGUUUUGGAUCCCAUGCGUGUGGUUCUCCAAUCUGGCUGUGAAAGCAAGGAAUGAGGGGAGGAUCCGGGACAGCGUGCUGCUCCAAGGCAUCCUGAAUGAGCUCAACACUUUGCGCAGCCAAUGCGGGCGGCUCUAUGGGUAUGACUGGAUCAGCAUUCCCCUGGUCUACACCCAGGUGGUGACCGUGGCUGUUUACAGCUUCUUCCUGGCCUGUCUGAUCGGGCGGCAGUUCCUGGAUCCUGAAAAAGCGUACCCUGGCCACGAACUGGAUCUCUUCGUGCCUGUCUUUACGUUUUUGCAGUUCUUCUUCUAUGCUGGCUGGUUAAAGGUGGCCGAGCAGCUAAUUAACCCUUUUGGGGAGGACGAUGAUGACUUUGAAACCAACUGGCUCAUCGACAGGAACCUGCAGGUCUCCCUUAUGGCAGUGGAUGAGAUGCAUCAGGAUUUGCCCAUUCUGGAGAAGGACCUAUACUGGAACGAGCCUGAUCCACAACCACCUUACACUGCAGCCACUGCUGAAUACAAACGCCCAUCGUUCCUUGGAUCAACCUUUGAUAUCAGCAUGCAGAAAGAAGAGAUGGAGUUCCAGCCCCUGGAGCAAAUUAAAGAGAACGAGGAAGCAAACCAUUCCACGCCACUACUGGGACACCUGGGCCGCCUCCUGGGUGUCCAGUCACCGAGUUUCUCCAGAUCCUCUUCCCGGAUGAACCUACUGCGCAGGCGAGGGGAGCCCACGUCCCCCUUCUCCCAUUACACAUACCAAGACAUGGGCAAGUCGGGAAACAUCAGUCACCCAAGGGGAGACACCAACUCACAGGAGCACUGGGACGGCGAGGAUAGAAAACUAAGGGAGUUUGACGCCUUCAUAUCGACCCCAUUUUACGAGAGACCUGGUUUCUACAGUGCCCCACAGACACCCAUCAGCUCCAUCCCCAUGAUCUUCCCUUCCAGACGCCAAGGGCGCAAGAAGCCGCCCGCGCUCUCCAGCAUAGCUGCCUGCUCAAAUUCUCUUAAGGAUGUCGUCAACUCCUCACCUUCCAGGAUGAGUGACACGUACAAAAGCCAGAGCUCCCUCGGCUCAGGCGCAAAGGAAACCUUUAUUUGGCCAACAGAACGGAAUAAAGGUCCUGACUCACUGGUUGUAAUGGUGGAGGAAGAAAAGAGCAACUCUAGCAGCAAAAGCAGAGAAGCUGCCAUCACUGGAAGUCCAGCAGCUCUGUCCACAGCAUCAGACAGCCCUAAAUUCCCUUUCCUAGCAGAGUCCCCAGACCACGAACAGCAGGGCAGCUUCAAAAGUCUGAAGAGUUUAAAAGGCUCCCACCCACCCUGGCUGACCCUGGAGAACGCAGCAACGACCACUUCCAAUUGUGAGCAGUUGAGUGCCUUCCCCCAACCUGGCAACAUACCGCCCAGCAGCAGCACCUCCCUCUGCUUCUCAUUCACUCCUGUCUCAUCUCCAGUGCUGGAGAGAUCGCCCAUAGGGAACAGAGGCCCUGAUACUCACAGCCUAAGUUCAGAAGACACAGCUAGUGCACCAGACCAGCAUCCAUCAGAGGUUUCCAGGAGCGUGAGAGAUACAGCAAACAGAAGUAGCAAUGCUCCUCCUACGAGAGAGACAAGAAGAGCAGAAAGUCCAUCCACUAAUGACUCUGGCAUCUCUCUUGCUGAGGGUGACUACGUGGGGCUGAUGGAGGUGAUCAUGGAGGCAAGUGAAAGCGUAUGUGAAGAGCAGAUGGAUCAGUGCAGCUAGAGGAGAGUGACACACACACGUAUGCCAGGUAUCCAAGAAGUGAUACUGCGUUGUCUUCACACCUGGCCCACACUAGCACUCAUCCUCCUAACGGAAGGGCAGUGCUGCCAGAAUUCAUGUUUCUGGACUAUUUUUCACCUCCGGCCCAGCACCAGUGACUCACCACUGCUGGACUCAGGCAUAGCAGCAGGCAUUUGACUUCAGUGCUGCAACAAGAAAAAAAGAGGAAAAAAAAAAUCUCUACAGACUCUAGCAAAACAAGACUUCUAGCAUUAGGUAUUACAAAUGCCUAACUGUAGAACCAUAGCUGAACAUACUGUUCUGAAGACUCCGGAGUGCAGAUAUAGCCCAAAGCAGAAGAGGUAUGUAGUUAAGGAUACUUAAUUACAGUGAGAAUUGAAGCUCCAAGUUCACACUACUAUUUGCCAUAAGGCCCAGGACUUGCACAAGUUGCUCCAGGGAAACAAAGUGACCGAGAAACAACAUUUGUGAUACAGAGCCACAGCGCUUCAGGAAGUCCUGUCCAGCUGAUGUUCUCCAGCAGCAGUGAGGCAAUGGGGUAAGGCUACUCAAACAAGUGGCUGCCAUCAAUGGUAUUGACAUUGCUUCAAGUUCUCUUAUACUGCUGAUUUGAAAGUACUCAGAGAAGUCAUCUGGAUGGUAGCAGGCAACACAAAGCUAAGGUUCUUAACAAGUCUUCCCUAAAAAAAGAAAAAACCCAACCCUAAAAGCAAGGCAGAUGUCCAGGCCCACUUGCUUCCUCGUUUUAGUUUCCACACAAUAAAAGUUUAAUGAAACCAUGAAGUUCUUCCUCUUUUCACAGAAAGUUGUGUGUUCCCUUCAAUCACAAGAGCACAUAAGUUCAGUCCACCCACCUCCCUUCCAACACCCUUGCACAAUAUUCCAACCCUUUGCCUGCCCAGCACAGCUGUUCUUGCUGGGCAAAUGGCACUACAACCCAUACCUAACACCCCAUGCGUUACCUUUUGAGACAGUACCUGCACCACUGUUUAUCUAGCUUACGUUGUGAAGGAGGAUGCAAGAGCUCUGUAUUAUGACUUUGUAUGCCAGGGUAGUGCCAUUUUUGUUAGACAGGCACCAUCUCACCUAAAUUCACAGGCAGCAGUUUAGGAAGCAUAGAGCCUCAAGCCUUCCUCUUCUUGUACAUUAAGACAGAAGCUUUGGUGGCAAAGGAAUUUUGAAAUGUGCUUCAAUUCCUCUGCGAUCCUUGCAUGAUUUCUCCCCAUCCAGUGGUAUCCACUAAAAUACUCAAGUUAAAACAAUUCCUCCAUAUUAUUUCUUCAUCCACGCUCAGCUCAAGAUCACUUUCUCAGUUAAGACCAGAGCACAGUCCUGCACAAACACUUCGCAAGGGGAAGAAAAAAGCCAAAGAAGCCAUCUUGAACCAAGUCACUUUAUUGGAUGGAGGGCAGUACACAAAACACAAGAGAAAAGAGGGCUGAUAUUUGGUACAGAGUAAAAGAACUGUUUAUCUAGAUAGCUGAAGAUGCAUGCAUUGCUGGACCAGUGAAGUAGAAGUCCCCCUGAAACCCACAGGGUGGUUCUUGGCAAGCCUUCAGCUGUCACUUUCCCCGAGGGUGUGCUUGUCAAACAGGUACUCUGCCAUGCCAUACUUGGGUGCCCCCAUCUUCCGCA